AUGACUGUUGCUACUGGAGAUCCCACAGAUGAAGCAGCAGCUUUGCCUGGUCAUCCUCAGGACACUUAUAACCCAGAAACUGAUCAUGAAUGUUGUGAGAGAGUGGUUAUUAAUAUCUCAGGCCUUCGGUUUGAAACACAACUUAAGACACUUGCUCAGUUUCCAGAGACUUUAUUGGGAGAUCCGAAAAAGAGAAUGAGAUAUUUUGAUCCUCUCCGGAAUGAAUAUUUCUUUGACAGAAACAGACCCAGCUUUGAUGCUAUUUUAUAUUACUACCAAUCGGGUGGCAGACUGAGAAGGCCCGUUAACGUACCCUUGGACAUCUUCUCAGAAGAAAUAAGGUUUUAUGAACUUGGUGAAGAAGCGAUGGAGAUGUUUCGGGAGGAUGAGGGUUACAUCAAGGAAGAAGAACGCCCGUUACCAGAAAAUGAAUUUCAGAGACAAGUAUGGCUUCUCUUUGAAUACCCAGAAAGUUCUGGACCAGCCAGGAUUAUAGCAAUUGUCUCAGUCAUGGUCAUCCUAAUCUCUAUAGUAAGUUUCUGUUUAGAAACUUUGCCCAUAUUCCGUGAUGAUGCUGAAGACAUGCAUGGUAGCAGUAGCAACCCCAGCCCUUAUUCCAACAGCACAAUGGGGUCUCAACAGCAAACAUCUUUCACAGACCCCUUCUUUAUAGUAGAAACACUCUGCAUAAUUUGGUUCUCCUUUGAAUUCCUGGUGAGAUUCUUUGCCUGCCCUAGCAAAGCUGGCUUUUUUACCAAUAUCAUGAACAUCAUUGAUAUUGUUGCCAUUAUUCCGUACUUCAUCACACUUGGCACAGAGCUGGCUGAGAAACCAGAAGACGGCCAGCAAGGUCAACAGGCUAUGUCUCUUGCUAUCCUUCGAGUCAUCCGCUUGGUGAGGGUGUUCAGGAUCUUCAAACUUUCCAGACACUCCAAAGGAUUGCAAAUCCUGGGACAGACUCUUAAGGCCAGCAUGAGGGAGCUAGGCCUCUUGAUAUUUUUCCUCUUCAUUGGUGUCAUCCUGUUCUCCAGCGCUGUCUAUUUUGCAGAGGCUGAUGAGAGGGAUUCUCAGUUCCCAAGCAUCCCCGAUGCUUUUUGGUGGGCUGUGGUUUCCAUGACGACAGUUGGCUAUGGAGACAUGGUCCCCACGACCAUAGGUGGAAAAAUAGUUGGCUCCUUGUGUGCCAUUGCAGGUGUAUUAACAAUUGCCUUACCAGUGCCGGUUAUAGUGUCCAAUUUCAACUACUUCUAUCACCGUGAGACAGAAGGAGAGGAGCAAGCUCAAUACUUGCAAGUAACCAGCUGCCCAAAGAUCCCUUCUUCCCCUGACCUAAAGAAAAGCAGAAGUGCCUCCACUAUUAGUAAGUCUGAUUAUAUGGAGAUACAAGAAGGUGUGAAUAAUAGCAAUGAGGACUUUAGAGAGGAGAACUUGAAAACAGCCAAUUGCACCCUAGCUAACACAAACUAUGUUAAUAUAACUAAAAUGUUAACCGAUGUUUAG